AUGUAAAUUAUAUUAAUAUUGGUUUUUGUACUAACAACACUUUCCUAAUAGACUGAUUAUGCUUUGUGGAUUUAAAAUUCAAAUUCUUAACUAUGGGAAAGAAUUGGGGAAAUGAAAAUAUCAAGGUCUAACUUUUAAAAUGCACAAAUUGUCUUAAAUUAAAAUAAAUAGUAAAUUAUUGAUCGUAAAAAAAUUAACCAAGUAAUAGUAAAUAGCUGAAUCUAGAAUAAUUAUGCAUUGUUGAAACUAUAAAAUUAACAAGAUGAAAAAUCAUAUAUUGCACACAUUGAUGGAAAAUAAUUAUCUCUUUUUAAUCAAAAAUCUAAUUAUUAAGAAAUAAUUACUUUAGUUUUAUCUAAUAAUGAUUUAUUGUCAUUUGAUUAUGCAUUAAAGCCUUUAAAGAAAAAUUCGGAAAUCUAUAUUCAAAUCAACUUAAAAGAAUUGGAAGUAGCUCCAUAAGGUUUAGUACCAUAGUUUGAAGAAAAGUCUUCAGAGGAAGAAGAGUAAUAAAAACCCUAGGGUAUCUUUGGACUAAUAUUAUAAUAUGUAAACACUAUUAUUAUCAAUAGAAAUGGUAUAUCAUUAUUGGAUUUAUGGUCUUUUUCUUAGCCGGUCAGGCUGAUCCCUAAAAACUAAAUGAGACUGUAUAAUAAGCUUAAGAACAAGCAUAAGCUUAAAGAAGAAGAAAUAAAUGAUUAAAUUUAUUCAAAUGUUG